CAGCUCAGCGUAUUGACGACGAUCCUCCAUAUGGGCUACCGCACCCCGGCCUCGGACGGAUUGGAGUCGAAAGAGGAUCUGCAAUCGCCACCGCGCUGCGACGAGGACGCGAUCGCCGACAUCGUCGGCUACCUCCGCAGCAACGACGCCGCCACACCCGGAGCACGUGGCUGGAUCUACAGACUACAGCGGAUCCCCCGAACCUGUCGACUCUCGAGUAUCACCAGCCGCCGCGCUACAACAACGAAAACCAGCGUCACUAAGAAGUUGAAGAAGGAGCUCCCGAAGGUCCAGUGCAUAGUGUGCGUGAUGAUACCUCCGACUCUCAAUGCUGAUGCUGACGGGUCGCCUCUGGAACAAAGUGCGGAGGUCACGGAUCUAACAAGCCGUAAUCGAGACUACCAAUCGUCGGAAGAUCGCAGAAAAAAGAGUAUGGUGGGAUCAAGUUGGGAAGACGCAAACUAUUGGAGCUUCGCAAACACAUCACCCCACAACUACCGCCUCCUCCUCCAGCUCCUCCAGCUCCAGUCGGACCGCGCCCAAUGGAUCACAACGAUCCAUUGCACUCUGGCAACUUACAUUCCAGCGGUGCUUCCCAGGCGGGGGGGGGGAGCGACAUCAUAUGGGGGGCUGCUAGCCUCGGCUGCAGAAUGGCGCUGGGCUAUGAUGGAGGAGGCCGCGCAGCCUCCCUCACCGUAG